AUGGACCCUGGCGUUCACUAUGUCAAGAAAGCUUUGGAGAAUCCGUCUAUUUCUAUGCCCGAAGAAGGAGCUCUCGACCAUCUUCCAUGGACACAAGGUCGACCCAUCAUGAUGUCCGGUGAAGAGAUGCUGACCGACAUGCAGGCAGCCGCAAGGAUAGGCAGCAAAGCAUUUUGGCUUGCUGAUCCCGUUCAUGGCUAUCUGUCAAUCAAACCCUCGACCGGGGACAUCUACCUGCCACCGAGCACUCAGGAUGCAGCCGAUGUCGAACAAGUUGUGCGCAGGUACAAAUCCUACCAGAACACGUAUGGCAACGGCUUUGCCUUGGUACGAUGGGGUCCGCCGCUCGACCUCGAGGCGUUUUAUCGCUCGCAGAGAGGGGCUCCUAGCCUCAAAGACUACCCACGCUUUGCUUCAAAUUCGGGCACACGAGAACAGAUGAUCGAAGCUCUCCGAAGAUACGGGCGCUUCCGUCUCUACAAGAAGCUCCCCGAUGGAUCCCGCAAGGCUUACAAGGUCAAAUUGGAGCGCGAAGCCCCUUCUGCCCGCACUUCUCCAUUGCGACUCUCCGUCGACGAACUGACCGCAGAAGAACGCCUUCAAGAAGAGUUGUAUUCAAUGAUGAGAAAGAUUCGUCUUCCCGUAUAA